UUGAGAGAACAAAGUUCUGAAAAUACAAUAACUCAAAUAAAUCCUAUCAUUAAAGCACUUAUAGAAAUUUUUUUUUGAGUUCGACCUACCGAAAUAACGACCCCUAAUUUCCAUCACAAAAAUAUUUAAUUAAAUCUCUAAUUUUCCUAUCUUUUUCAAGAUCCCUCCAUGGCCGUUGUAAUUUACUUUUAGCAUUUAAUUCAUUAACUAUAACACCUUUACAACUUUUUUCUGGCGUUAAAUUUUUUGUUUUAUUUUCUGGAACUAAUUUUAUAAGACUUAAAACUUGCUAUUAUUUUGCUUUUUUACCUUUAAUUGGGGCUGGAUUGGCUACAAGUGCACAAAUAUGUGUUGGAGUGGAUAGAUUAAUUAGUGUUUUGUUUCCUUUUUGGUAUAAAGACAGCGAUGUAUACAUCUCUACUUCAAUCCUAAUUACUUUUUGUUUUGUUAGAUGUUUUAUUCAAAAUUGUUAUUAUUUUUAUGGUGUUUCUUUACAUCCCGAUAAGUAAAUAUUUAUUUAUUGUAAAAAUUGGUCCGACCCAGUUUUAUGUACAUCCUCGGAGCAAUAGAAAAACCCUCACAAACACACAGGAGAUAAACUCGGACAUAAAAUUAGAACAAAAUGAGACUAAAAAGGAUUAAGUAUUAGUUGAUGAAAGGGAAGACAAUAAUAAACAACUAUAUGGAGGGGGGUUAUUGGAAUAUCUUAAGAGGAUGUCUUUGUAUUGAGAAUAUCUAUAAAAAUUAUUCAAGCAUGGUAAUGUGCGGAGCGGGGGACAUUGUUACACCAGAGGCUGCCCCUUUUAUCUAUGGAGAAGGUCUAGUUCUAUUUUUCACUGAAUUUGGUUGUUAUGUUACAAUUUGGUUAAUUAUUCUAAUUAAAAAAUCUUCGCAAGGUGAAAAGUGUUCUAAAGGAUAA